CGUGUCGUGUGCUUCUCCACGCACCUGUGUCUACUCUCUCGUGACUUCUAUCACUUGAAAAACCGUCACAAGUAGUUUAAAAGAAGAUUAUAAUAUCAACAUGAGAAAAAAAUAUUUUCUUCACACAUUUUAUUGAAUUUACAGUAAAAUGCAUUAUUAUAAAAUAAAGACUAUUAUUAAUAAAAUUAUUACUUAGGAUUAAGUGGUGUUUUGUAAAAAUCAACUUUUUAAAAAUUUUCACUUGUUGGAUUUGAAGAGGGUGAAUUUUUUUUCGUGACAAAAAUAGUGGUGUUUAAUCAAACUAUCUUCAAUUAUACAGUCUAAUUAAUUAACUAAUCGGUGUAAUUAAAUAAUUAAUUAAAUUGUAGUAUAAGUGUGGUAAUUCAUUUUGAAUAGAACUUGAUUAAAACUGAAAAUAGACUUCUUUAUAAAUUGAUUUUUAGUUAUUGAGUGAAGUGUUAUAAUAAAGAGAAACGUCAUAUUCGAUUGGGGCUCGCGUUUAAUAAGCAUCCCUAUGUCUUUCGAAAGCCCUACCAAGAAUUUUAUGAGGGGAAAUACUGCAGACAAGGAUCGAUGAAUGAUGUUCUGAGGAAAGUAGAAACUGAUUAAUCGACAAGAAGUGAGAAACAUCAUGAGGAUAGCUUUAAUUUUAGUGAGUCUCGUAUUCGAGAUUCAUCUCUAUUUUAUAGAAACUCAAGCCAAGCAACACGAAACGAAUGAUGACAAUGCAUUAAUCCCAGUGGAAAAUGAGGAAAAAAUAGGAGAGGAGACAUUGGGUGGUGAUUCUGUAAGAGAAGUGGUAGCACAGAAAGGAGGCACAGCCACUCUUCCAUGUAAAGUUACAGAUCCAGUGGGAGGAAUUGUGUCGUGGUUGAGAAGAAGAGACAGGCAAUUGCUGACUGUGGGCACUACUACUCAUUCGGUCGAUAACCGAUUUAUGAUUCGGUCACUCAGCUCCGAUUGGGCUCUCGUAAUACGACGAGUUACAUUCGAGGAUGCUGGUCUUUAUGAAUGUCAGAUUGCAACUUAUCCAAUUCAACAGCAAUUUGCGAAUCUAAAAAUAAUAGAAGCUUAUUCAAUAAUACCAGGAGGUCCUGAUCUCCAUGUCAAACAAGGUUCCAGUCUUCGGCUGGAAUGUCAGCUGAUGGCAGCAACAGAACCACCAAAUUUUGUCUUUUGGUAUCAACAAGGUCGGAUGAUCAAUUACGAUGCAGAUCCUCAAGUUCAAGUAGAACUCACGAAGAAUGGGUCUAUUUUAAAAGUUGAAAAGACGAAGUUGAGUCAUGGGGGAAAUUACACGUGUGCUCCGAGCAACGCUAAAUCGUCGUCAGUAAUAAUUCAUGUGAUAGAAGAGGAAGAGAAGCCAGCCGCAAUGCACGGAGGUGACAGGAGAAACCCUAGCCCAGCAAUUUUGGCGAGUAACUUUCUUGCUUCUUUCUUGGCUGCCGUCAGCUGGAGGAUACCAAGUUUUUCAAGUCUUUAUCCAACGUGAACACACCGUCCUUUCUAAGUUGUUCGUGGCGAGAAGUCUAAUCCACCACGAGCAACGUUUAAUGUCAUGUGACUGUUGUGCCGUUCAUGAUUUUCUCUAGGACUAAUUAUCUAGAGAUACUUUUAAUUCACCUUCAAAAUUAUUUCAUUGUAAGAAUUUGCAUGAAAAUCGCUCCAACUUGCUUCCUCCUUGAAGUCGUUAACAGAUCAAAGAAAAUAUAAUAAAUCAUUAAGAAUAAAGAUACAGUUCAGUGAAACAUUUUUAUUUUAAGGGGUUAUUCUAGUUUCAUGACUUUCUCAAGAAUUCAUCAAUUAUUAAUCUUGGAGGGGAAACAGAACACUUGAUCCUUUUCAUUACUUGUUCAAAAGAUAUAUUUUUAUUUUAUUUAAUGUUUAAAAGUAUUGAUAAUAAAUUUAAUAUGGGACUGUAAGAAUAUAUUAUAUUUUUUUUAGUGCUAAAUUUAAUCUACUUUGAAAAUAUAAUGUAAGUAUGUAACAUAAAUGAAUAUUGUGA